AUGUCAACUUUAACUUUUAAGUUUUCACCCUUGGAGGUGGGUGAAGACAAACAUAAUUAUGAAACCCCCAAAUCCUCAACACAGAAAUCCAUCAUCAAUGAAAAUGAUAAAGUUGAAGAGGAGAACCCAACCUUUUUAUCAAAUUCAUCUAAAUUCCUUUUACCAAAAACAUUCACUCGUAUAAACAUUAAAACAAAUAACAAUAAUAGUAUUAUUAACAAUAGUAAUAAUAAUAAAGAUAAUAAAGUAAGAAACAUCAAUAAUAAUUUAGAUAUUAAUAUUGAAACUACUUCAUAUGAUAUGGAUAACUAUAUAUGGAGUAAUGAUGAUAUAACUUCAUCAUCAUCAUCAACCACUACAUCUACAAAAGUCAAUAAUAAUCACAAGAAUAACAAUAAUAAUAACAACAACAAAAGUAUUGACAAAAAAUAUCAUUCUAAAGAUAAUAAAGAUAAAAAAGAUAAUAAAGACAACAAUAACAAUAAUAGCAAUAAUAAUGGUAAUAGUAAAAAAGAAUGUUUUCAUUUUAUUAAACAAGGAAGUUGCAAGAAAGGUGACAAAUGUGAUUUUUCACAUGUCAAAGUACAAAGCGGUUCAUUUACCAAAUCAACUUCAAAAACAACAACAACUACAACUACUACAACAACUUCAACAGCUAUAUCAAAAUCAAAUAUUAAAAACGAAGUAUUUGAAGAUCCUAGAUUAUGGUCGGUUGAAAGAGUUGGAAAGUGGUUGGAAUCUAUUGAUCUCGCUGCUUUGGUAGAAGUCUUUGCCGAGCAAGCAAUCGAUGGUGAUGUUCUACUCUCAAUCGGAACCGAAGAGUAUGAACAACUCGGUCUAAACAACAUCGGUAAGAAGAAAAAGUUUGAAUUGAACAGAGAUAAACUUGUUACUUCAAUGGUAGAGAAUACCAACAACAACAAUAGCAGCAACAACAAUAACAAGGUGAAUAGCGAUAGUGCACCACCAAAGAAAGAGAAGAAAGCAUAUGAACCAUUCAGAAACAAUCAUGCUAUCAAUGCUUACUUGGAAAAGAGAAUCGAUGAGUUGGAUAGAGGCGAUGAUAUCAUGCCAACACUCCAGUCGCCAAUGCACCAGGCGAGCAUCGAUGACAUCUUGGGACGCACAGGACUGGAGCCACAAACUAUGCGUCUCAUUCUCGGACUCUUUGGUCACAAGACGCUGAAAGAGAGUUUCCUCGACACUGCGAGCAACGCGCUGUUCAUGAAGUUGAUGAAAUCCAACUUUAUGUGCCAUUUCUCUGGACUCGCUAGUUUCAUAACGACCAGCCACUUUAGAGGAAGCAAACAGGUGCAAGUCGAUUGCAUUCAGGUGUUCUUGCAGAUCACUCAGAAGUUCUCGAAGGGCUACUCUCACAUUCCUCUGGAGACGUUCGAACGUGAGUGGAAGGCUUCUCCCAACUCGAAAGAUCCAAACAUUGACUUUUGGAUAAAGAAGAUUCGUCAACAGAACAUCAUGGACAAAGAGAGAAUCAUCUUAUCGAUGACCGAUGAUAUACCUAUUAGAUACCACGCACUCUCUAUCUAUCCAUCGAGAACCGAGUUGCGAUCCAAGACACUUCCACUCUUGAAACCACUCAGAGUUGGUCGCUAUGAAAGUGUAGAGGAGUAUAUCGAUACUCAAUAUUGUCUAUUACGUGAAGAUCUCAUUCAUCCAAUGAGAGAAGCACUCGCUGAUUUCGAAGCUGGUAAAUACUCAAGAUAUUUAUAUAAAGAUGUUAAAUUUAAGAGUUUAAGUUGUACAAAUACAUCUAUUUCAUAUAAUGUUCAGUUUAAACCAGAUAGACAAAUUAAUUGGCAAAAGUAUUCAAGACUGUUGAAAGGAUCGUUGGUUGGACUUAGUUGUGACCGUUUCAAUACUAUUGUUUGGGCAGUUGUUGAGAGUAGACCAAUGGAGGGUAAUGAUCCAAGAAUUACUAUCUCGAUUCUACAUGACUCCAAUGAUUAUCACGACGACGAUUUCGAUGGUAAUGGUAAUCAUAUUUUCGAUUCCGACUACAUGGAUGACUCUGAUGAGGAAGCGUUAUUUGAAAAGUUGUCAAAGUUUAAUGCUAUGAGCAACAGCGAUGAAGUGCUUUCCAAUUUGUUCUCCAAGACCUUCUUGAUGAUUGAAUCACCUGCUUACUUUGAGGCAUACAAGAGUGUUUUAAAGUCAUUAAAAGAUAUCGAUUCUGAGACACUCCCAUUCAAAGAAUAUCUAUUGGAAUGCGAUGUAGAUACACGCCCUCCAGAGUACAUUCGUAGAUUCCCAACAAUUGAUUUCUCCGAUGCUUUUGAAGAGGUGGAACCAUUCACCAAUAUCGAUGUGUUGAAAUCAUUCCCAUCGAAACUCGAUGCCCUAGAUGUCUCACAGAUGGAAGCCGUUCAACACUGUUUGAAAUCUGAAAUCUCUUUGGUUCAAGGUCCUCCAGGUACCGGUAAAACCUUUAUCGGUUUGAAACUCUUCGAGCUUCUAUUCCAACACAUCAAUAAGCAUAUGGGUUCUACCAAGCAUCCAAUCCUUGUCAUCUGUUAUACCAAUCAUGCAUUGGAUCAAUUCGUUCAAGGUUGUCUAAACACAACCAAGAGUAUUAUUCGUCUCGGAAGUAGAAGUAAGGAACCAGAGUUGGAGAAGUAUAACAUCAGAAAUCAUAUCAGCCGUUCACGUGGUCAAUGGGGAUUAAUUAAACGUCGUGAUUCACUAGUCGAUUCAAUCUCAAAGAUUGCUCUAAAACUCAGAGAUUCACUUAAUCUGAAUUACGAUGACCUCAAGAUGCUUGCAAAGUUUGAUCAUUAUGAAUCCAUGGCAUUUAGAGGACCUUCUUCCGUCAAGCAAUGGUUCGAUUCCAUCAAGAAUAUCAUCGUUCAACAGAAUAAGAAUCAAACAAGCAAUUUAACUGCUCAACAACAACAACAGCAACAACAACCACAACAACCUGUAGUUGAAGAUGAUGAGGAAAUUGAUGCUGAAACUCUUGAAGAGUUGAUGGAGAGUAGAAUGCAAGAUUUCGAAGUCAAGGAGAAGCUAGAUGAAAUCGAUAUUAGUUUGGCGUUGUGGAUCAACGACCAAGUAUCGAAUGACUAUUCAGAUGUCGAUAAUGUCCAUUCUUUGGAUAUUGGCGAGAGAAUUCAGUUGUAUAGACAUUGGCAGAAAAUCAAGAUUAGACAUUGUCUCGACGAGUUGAAUGUUUUAAAGGUUGAAUAUGAAAAGACAACCAGAGAGAUUCUAGAGUAUGAAGAUAUUGCCUAUAUGAAUGCAUUAAAACAUGCAGAUGUCGUUGCCGCCACAACCACUGGUGCCAGUAGAUUGAAGCGUGUCUUGGAGUCCAUCAAAUCGAGAAUAGUCAUCAUUGAAGAAGCAGCAGAAGUAUUGGAAUCUCACAUUGUCUCAGUGCUCCCAAAGACAGUCGAGCAUCUAAUCAUGAUUGGUGAUCACAAGCAAUUGAAACCUUCAUCACAAGUCUACCAACUCUCAAAGAAAUACAAUCUUAGUUUAUCACUUUUUGAGAGAAUCGUCAAGAAUGGAAUGUCAUUCAAGUCACUUGCUAUCCAAAGAAGAAUGGUUCCCAAUAUCUCUCAAUUUGUCAAACCAGUUUAUCCACAUCUCAUUGACCAUCCAUCUGUAAUCGAAAGAUAUACACAGGUGCACACAGUUCAAGGAAUGCCAUCGAAUGUAUUCUUCUUGGAUCAUCGUCACAUGGAGAAUUCCAACGAAACCAGCAAAUCAAACAUAUUUGAAGCUGAUUUUGUCGCACGUUUGGCAGAAUAUAUUGUCCAACACAACUAUUCACCAAACAACAUUGCCAUAUUGACGCCAUAUACUGGUCAGUUGCUAAAGAUCAGAAGUAGAGUUAAUAGAAUGAAUCUCAAAGGUAUUACGAUAAGAACAGUUGAUCAAUUCCAAGGUGAAGAACGUGACUUCAUCAUUCUCUCAUUGGUUCGUUCAAACAAUGAGGGAAGCACUGGAUUCUUGAGCAUUGAAAACAGAAUCAAUGUAUUACUAUCUCGAGCAAGAAAUGCAAUGUAUAUCGUUGGUAACUCACAACUGCUUUCCAAAGCCAACGAUCUUUGGGUCAACUUGAUCAGUAAACUCAAAGAAGAGAAGAAACUCGAUACAUUCAUUCCAUUGGUUUGUGUAAAUCAUCCUGAUACCAUUACUCAAAUUCGUAACGCUGCAGACUUUGACAAUGUUCCAGAAGGUGGAUGUAACAAGCGUUGUGAUGCUCGUUUAGAUUGUGCACAUCAAUGUCCUAGAUCCUGUCAUAUCGGUGAUUCAAAUCAUAAGAAUGUCACUUGCACUCAAUAUUGUCAUAAACCUCUGGAUGGUUGUGAUCAUAUUUGUCAAGGACAUUGUCACGAGGGUAGUCGUUGUGGGCCAUGCAAAACACAGGUCCAGGUGACUCUCCACUGCGGUCAUAGCACACAGAAAAGCUGCUCCACUCCAACUCCCUCAGUCAUCUGCCAGGUUCAAUGCCAAAAAUCAAGACCUGAUUGUGGCCACAAUUGCAAUGGUGUCCAUGUCUGUGGUGUAUCUUGCAUCAAAGAUCGUUGCCAAGUUGUAGUGAACCGUGUUUUCCCUUGCGGUCACAGCCACAAACUGCCAUGUUUCAACAAAUCGAUUUCUUGUAACAUCAAAUGCAAGAAAAUUCUGCCAUGUGGUCAUCCAUGUAAGGUGAUGUGCAAGGAACACAAGUUCGAGAAUGGUGAACUCGUCCAUCCGGAUUGUACAAAUGACUGCUCAAGAAAGUUGAUUUGCAAUCAUAUCUGUAUAGGACAUAAAUGCGUUGAGCAGUGUAAACCAUGCUCUCGUAAUUGUACCAAUCAAUGCAAACACUCAAAGUGUAAGAAACCAUGUAAUUUACCAUGUGACCCAUGUAAAGAACGUUGUCUUAGAUACGGUCCCAAUGGAGUACGUUGCUCCAAGCUGUGCAAUGAGAUAUGUGAUGUUACUAUCUCUGACGAAGCUUGUCAGAAGUUGCUCAAUUGUAAACAUCCAUGCCUGGGAUUAAGAGGUGAAACAUGUCCAGCUCUCUGUAGACAAUGUAACCCAACUUUUGUUGAACCAAUCUCACGAAUGGAACUGAAAGAAUUUCAACCUGAGGAAAGAUUCAUCCAGCUCGAUUGUAAGCAUAUAUUUGCUGUGGAGCAGCUAGAUACCUACAUGAAUAUGAAGGAAGAUGCAAUCGUUCUGAAGUGUUGUCCAGAGUGCAAGACUACCAUCUACUCGAAUAUCUUGCGUUACAAAGACAUUGUCAAUGAGAAUUGGAGAAACAUUGAAAAGAUCAAAGAACGACUCAGACACACCAUCACCAAAGAUGAGAUCAACCAAGUUAUUCAUGCCAAUGGAUUCACAGCAGGUCAUUGGUUUAAAUGCCCCAAGAACCAUAUCUAUUACAUUGAUGCCUGUGGAGGUGCAAUGGAAGUAGGUAAAUGCAUCGAAUGCAAAGAGCAAGUUGGUGGUACCAAUCACAGACUGUUAGACACAAAUUCACACUCGAAUGUAGAUGGAACAAUCAUGCCUCAAUAUCCCUAUGGUCAUGAACCACAAGGAUUUUAA